AUGCAGCGCAAGCUGCGCGCCUCCGUGCGCCAAGCCUACACCUCCCAACUGUCGCUCCUCGGCGGACAAUUAGACAAGGGCGAUGCCGUUGCACGCUCCUCGGUAAGAAGGGCCAUCAAGCGCCUGACCAACGCCAUGGCGCGUCUGCUUCGAGUGCCUGCAGUGACCGCGAGCCGCAACGGCCACCCGAACCUGGAUUAUACAUCCUUGAGCGCCGUCGGCUCGCCCCAGGCGGCGAGUAGCAUCAAACCUGUCUGGGACAUCCUCACAUCAUUCGAGCAGAACCAGUUCCAGUCACGGGCAGGUGCGAUCGCCCAGUGCCCGCACCCAUAACCACGCGAAGACGAAGAAGCGCAAUUCUUCAUCUACCAUGGCGUCGGCGAGUACCAAGCUCGGCGAGGUCAGAUCAACAACGAGCCGCGAUCAAAACCGUCAAGCGUCAGAUCAGGAACCAACGUUC